AUGGCACUGCUGACCGCAUUCGUCUCUUCCCCUGCCUUCAUCGGCCUCGUGUGCGCGCUGAUCUUUUUAGUCUCCUAUUUCACAACCGGCUCUGGAAAAUCGACUCUUAAAUUGCCGCCAGGUCCCAAACCUCUUCCCAUCAUUGGCAACCUGCAUUUGCUGGAUAUUAAGCGACAAGACAAAUCCUUAAUGAAGCUUGCCAAGGAAUAUGGGCCCGUGUUCACCCUGCACUUUGGAUCUCAGAAAGCCGUAGUCCUGACUGGUUAUGAAGCAGUGAGGGAUGCCCUGGUCAACUUCACGGAGGAAUUUGUGGACAGGCCACCAAUACCCAUCUUUGAAGAGAUUCAGCACGGCAAUGGUGUUUUCUUUUCCACGGGAGAGCUGUGGAGGACAACGCGAAGGUUCACAGUGGCCAGCAUGCGCAAUCUGGGAAUGGGGAAGAAAUGCCUAGAGGAACAAAUGAUCGAAGAGCUCUGUUUCCUUAUAGAGAGCAUUAAAGCUUUUGAAGGUGAGCCCUUUCGGCUCAGGACCUUCAACACUGCUCCAACCAACAUCACUUUUGCUAUGCUGUUCGGAGAGAGGUUUGACUACAAAGAUCCCGUCUUCCUCACUCUGUUAAAACUGAUUGAUGAAGUGAUGUGCCUUCUGGGAUCGCCCCUCCUGCACCUCUUCAACUUCUACCCCUUCCUGGGUUUUUUUCUCAACGACCACAAACUUUUACUCCAAAAAAUCGACGAGGUCCGUGUCAUUAUCCGGGAUUACGUCGAGACAAGCAAGCGAGACGCCCACGCCGGCGGCCCCCGAAGUUACACAGAUGCGCUAGUCUUCAAGCAGCAAGAGGACACGGGCAAGAAAGAGAACCUUUUCCAUGAUGACAACCUGAUUGCGUCCAUCCUGGACCUAGUCAUGGCCGGCACUGAAACCACGGCGACGACCUUGCAGUGGGCUGUGCUGCUCAUGAUGAAGCAUCCGUCGAUCCAAGAGAAGGUCCAGGAGGAAAUCGGGCAUGUGGUGCUUCCGGGCGGCUGGGCCUCCUACGAGGACCGGAAGAAGUUGCCUUACACCAAUGCGGUGAUCCACGAGAUCCAGAGGUUUAUCACGCUGCUCCCCCACGUGCCACGCUGCACAUCGGUAGACACCCACUUCAGGGGCUAUUUCAUCCCAAAGGGGACGACGGUGAUCCCGUCCCUCACUUCUGUGCUCCUCGACCCGAGGCACUGGGAGACCCCCCACGAGUUCAACCCCAGCCACUUCCUCGACCCCGAGGGGCAGUUUGUCAAGAAGGACGCCUUCGUGCCUUACUCUCUGGGGCGCCGGAACUGCAUGGGUGAGAGUCUGGCCAAGAUGGAGCUGUUCCUGUUCUUUGCAGGCUUGCUGCAGAAGUUCACUUUUCAGCCCCCGCCCGGCAUCAGUGCCUCGGACUUAGACUUGAGCGUCCCCAAAACGACCUUCACUUUGAGGCCGCAGCCGCAGCUAACGUGUGCCGUCUCCAGGGAGUAAAUCCGGUGCUGCC